UCGUAUCAAAAUAUCACAACAAGAAAGUUUUGUUUUCCCAUCGCCGGUUCCUAUUUUACGACACGACGAUGGUUAUUGCCAUAGGAUUCGAAGGAAGUGCAAAUAAAAUCGGCGUAGGCAUCGUUCGAGAUGGGGAAGUACUCGCCAACGAACGUGAAACGUACAUAACCCCACCUGGUGAAGGAUUCUUACCUAAGGAAACGGCUCAACACCAUCGUUCUCGAGUGCUUGCUAUCCUGAGACGGGCUCUGGAUGUUUCCAAGCUCUCGCCGGAGGAUAUCGAUGUCGUGUGUUACACCAAAGGGCCGGGUAUGGCUCCACCGUUGCUGGCGGUGGCAAUCGUAGCGCGAACCAUUGCGCAAAUAUGGAACAAGCCUAUCCUGGGGGUCAACCAUUGUAUAGGCCACAUUGAGAUGGGGCGAUUGAUAACGAAAGCCGUAAACCCGACGGUACUGUACGUGAGCGGGGGAAACACGCAAAUUAUAUCCUACGCCUGCAAACGGUAUCGAAUCUUCGGGGAAACCAUCGAUAUUGCGAUCGGAAAUUGUUUGGAUCGAUUUGCUCGCAUCAUUCACCUGUCCAACGAUCCGAGCCCCGGGUACAACAUUGAGCAGAUGGCUAAAAAGGGAAAGAACUACGUCCCGUUGCCGUACUCGGUGAAGGGUAUGGAUAUGAGCUUCUCGGGCAUACUUUCUUUCAUCGAGCAGAAAGCCCGACCGAAGGGAAAGCAAGCUAAAAAGCAGGCCAAUGCCGAGGAGGAAAAGUGGACCGAUGAGGACCUUUGCUUUUCCCUCCAGGAGACGUUAUUUGCGAUGCUGGUUGAGACGACGGAGCGUGCCAUGGCCCACACGGGAUCGAAUGAGGUACUGAUUGUCGGUGGCGUAGGAUGCAAUGUGCGGUUGCAGGAAAUGAUGGGAAUAAUGUGUGAGGAACGGGGUGCAAAGAUUUUCGCCACCGAUGAACGGUUCUGUAUCGACAAUGGAGUGAUGAUUGCCCACGCCGGUUGGGAAAUGUUUCGUAGCGGAACGCGGAUGGCCUGGAAUGAUGCGACAAUAACGCAACGCUUCCGCACGGACGAGGUGGAAGUCACAUGGCGAGAUGAUUAACGAAAACAAUAAACUAAAACGAUUGAUUCACAG